AUGCUGUUGUCACUAAGCACAAGUAUCUGGCAGUUGUAUAUAAUACUCUGGCUUUGCAGGGCAAAAUACCAAAAGAAUGUCGAAGCAUACCACAAUAGAGGCAGUGGCAUGAAGCACAACAUUGUUCCUAAUUGCAUUAGAUCAGAAAGCUACAUGAUUACAUUUGAAGUUGAGGAAGAGAAGUUCCCUUUUUUCGGGAAAAAGUACCAGUUGAAAUUUGCAAAUGAUCUCUUUGCUGAAACCCAUUGCUUGGUUCAUUUUCCAAGCUUGAUCAGGUUGGCCAGAGAGGCUGGGCUUGAAUAUGUGGAGAUACAAAACUUGACUGAUUUUUAUGAUGAUAACAGGGCACAAUUUGCAGGCAUGCUACUAGAUGCUGGUCAUAAUCUCGUGGAUCCCAGGGGAAGGCUUCUUCCAAGAUCGUAUGAUGUUUUAGGUCUAUACACCACAUUUAUAUUUCAAAAACCUGACCCAGAUAUUGCCCCUCCACUCAUGACCCCCUUGUUACUGGAUGGAAGCCACAAUCAUGACGAGAUGUUACAGAAAGAAUGGCAAGGAACUGGCUGGAGAGAUGAUGAGAAGAAUGGGCAGGUAGAGCUGCCAUCUCUUGGAUUGGGCAAGAUAACUGAACAGAAGGGGAUUUUAGGUCCUGGCCCUGCGGAUUUACGGUUCUCGGAAGCUAUUUGA